AUGUUGAACAGAAUCGAAAAGUCCCUUUCUCGAAAAUCCGAACAACAUCUUCAGCUUUCUCUAACUAUUGAUCUCCAAAGCUUCGAAGUUAUGCUUUGUUCUUUCUGUAUAUCGAAGGGAUUGGAGUGUAAGAUGAUGGAAGGUACUAAGCGGUAUUCCUGUUGUAUUCGUCGGGAUCGUUCCUGUGAUAAUUCCGAUGUUCCGGUAAAUGCUUGUGAGUUUCAUUCCUUUUCUAAGUUUUUCCUUGUUCGUUUUCUGAUUCUUAUGAUAGUGUCUCGUAUUACUACCGAACUUGGUUGCUUAGAUCAGAAGGAGUUGGAUGCGGAGGAAGUUCUUCUCGAGCUUCAGUCCAAAUUGGGUAAGGCAACAGCUCGCUUGGUGCGUUUGCGGAAGCAGAAAUGUUCUCUGCAUGAUUGUAGCGCGAAGAUGGUUAGUUAG